GCUGGCUUCGUAGCCGUUGUUCGUGACGAGCACGUGACAGCAAGUUCUUGGCUGUUCAACGCAAAGCUCCCCUCCCCUUCCAUAAUUGUUGACGAGUCGCUGUUGACAACUCAUUUGCUGCAGCAGGUCCCAUUUCGUUGAAAUCGAUCUCCGGCCACGUUUCUCAUCGCCCAUUGGAUGCGAAUCACGCAGGCUCUUUAUCCCCACCGCACCCAAUCUUCAAUCAAAAUUCCCUUCCCUCUGCAUUCCCAACAUUCGAUCCAAUCCUUCGAGAAAGAAGCAGGCGGAGGAGGAGUUCUAAUGGGGCAUAGAGUGGAUCAUGAAUACGAUUACCUGUUCAAGAUCGUCCUGAUUGGUGAUUCUGGCGUCGGGAAAUCCAACAUACUGUCGAGAUAUACGCGGAACGAGUUCUUAUUGGAGUCGAAAUCCACGAUUGGGGUGGAAUUCGCAACGAAGACGCUUCAGUUAGAAGGGAAGACAAUCAAGGCUCAGAUAUGGGACACAGCUGGUCAAGAGAGGUAUCGUGCCAUCACCAGCGCAUACUAUCGUGGCGCUGUAGGAGCACUUCUCGUUUACGACAUCACAAAGAGGCAAACCUUUGAAAACGUUGAGAGAUGGCUGCGUGAACUCAGAGAUCAUGCCGACUCCAAUAUCGUUGUUAUGAUGGUGGGCAACAAGUCCGAUCUUGACCAUCUGAGGGCAACACCAACCGAAGAUGCAAAAACAAUGGCUGAGAAAGAGGGGCUCUCUUUUCUGGAGACAUCUGCACUGGAAGCACUCAACAUUGAGAAAGCAUUUCAGCAAAUUCUCACAGAUAUUUACCAUAUUGUAAGAAAGAAGGCGCUGGCUGCACAAGAGGCUGCAGCUUCUGCUGGGCCUCCCAUUCAAGGAACAGCAAUCAAUGUAGCAGAUUCUGCUGGAAAUUCAAGCAAGAGCUGCUGUUCUACUUAGGUGAGUUAAAUACCCUUUCAACUCACUAUUGGUUUCUGUCUUUAAUGAUUCGGGCUAACUUUGAAGUGACAUAAUCCAUAUAGUAUCAUUUCAUCUGAUAUUUUGUUGUUCCUGUAGUUUUGAAAAGGUUUAUUACUUUUUACUGAUACUGAAAGAACUUCAGCGAGUGAUAGAAUGAACAGUGUUGUAGAUUGAUUCAUGUACUGUUGGGGGGCUUUAAGGUACUUUGAAUAAUACUCUGUUGAAUCAGA